UUAGUUAAGAGGCGUAAAUUACUUCUUGUCCUGCGUGCAUUCCCUUCUUCUCUCACUCCCAGGUUUGGCAAAGAUCUGAAUUGUCAUAAUUAUUAAUAUUCGCCACCGCAGGAGCAGCAGCAACAGUGGCAGCGCCAAUGCCGUCCAAUGAGCCAUGGCUUACCAAGACCUUCCUCGCCUCCCUAUUUCUGGGCAUAGGAGGGUUUCUAUACGGCUUCGACUCGGGCAUCAUCACCCCUAGUUUGGCCUUGGCGUCAUUCUCGACCUACUUUGACAAGCCCAAUGCGCCUCUCCGGGGCGCCAUCGUAUCGGUCUACCAAGCCGGAGCAUGGCUCGGCAGCGCUUCGGUAGGCAUCACCAGCGAUAGAUUGGGCAGGCGGAAGGCUAUCGCCUUUGGGUGCGCUUGGGGAGUGUUGGGCGGAGCCUUGAUGGCCGGUGCCGCACACGUGGCCAUGCUCAUUAUCGGCCGCCUUCUCAUCGGUUACGCUGUCGGUACCGUCACGGGUGUUGCUCCCGUCUUUGGAGCCGAGAUUGCCAAGACCAACGAGCGUGCCAGGAUCACGGCCACGAACCAGAUGAUGGUCGCCUGGGGAUUCUUCGUUGCCCUCUGGACGGGCGUGGGCGAAGGAAAAUGGUCUAACGCCAACCAGUGGCGGCUCGGCUUUGCGAUCCAGGCGAUUCCGGCCCUCCUUCUCGGGGUCGGCGUUCUGUUUAUUGGGGAGUCCCCGAGGUGGCUCUGUCUCAAGGGCCGCUACGAGGAGGCCGAGAAGACUUUCCGGAGGUGGCAUUACAACGGCAGAAACGACGAAUGGUGCCGGACCGAGUUUGCCGCCAUCCAGACGAGCAUUGCCGAGGAGGUGCAAGCGCAGCACCGGCUCGGCUGGGGUGACCUCGUCCGCACCGCCCCGUUCCGCAGGCGGCUCUUCGUCGGGUCCUUCGUCUGGGCCGCUGCCAUGCUUUCCGGUAUCAGCUUCGUGCAGUACUUCCAGACGGCUAUCUAUGCGACGCUGCAGUUCGACCAGGACCGGCAGCUGCUUGUCAGCGGUCUCUACGGCUGCGUGGCACCCGUUGCAUGCAUCCUCUCGCUCUUCUUCGUCGAUCGCGUCGGCCGCAGGAAGAUCCUGAUCGGCAGCUCGGCUCUGUUGUCGAUCUCCUACCUGAUCAUCACCGUACUCGCUGCCCUCUACCCGGCCAUACCCGGCAAGCCAACCAACGAGGCGGCCCAGAAGGCCAUCAUCGCGUGCAUAUUCUUGGUGUCGGCCAACUACUCCGCACUGCUGGGGCCCAUGACCUGGAUCAUUCCGCCUGAGGUCUUCACGACCGAACUCCGUGCCAAAGCAAACGCGGUGGUCCAAGUCAUCCACUACUCCAUCAGCUUGAUCAUUACCCAAUGUUCCCCGAUCGCCCUCGAGAGGGUGGGCUGGAAGUACUAUAUCCUCUUCAUCCUCACAAACGCUCUGUGCACGCUCGUGUUUGCGGUUGCCUACCCAGAAACCCGAGGCAAAUCGCUCGAGCAGAUCGACGAGAUAUUCGGCGACGUUCAAAUUAAGCGUGACGUCGAAUCUAGCCCUGAGAAGGAGGUCCUCGAGAAGGAUGGUGUCUCGAUUACCGAGGUGUCCAGAUAACGCGUCAAACCCAGCCUCCUAAUAAUUCACCCUCUAUGGCACGGGCUCAUCCGAAGUAAUAAUGGACAUAUUAGAGUAAUGGUAUCCACUUUUUGAUGGUGUAGAA